GGGGUGGGGAAUCUACUUCUAGGCCUUUCGUUUGCGCGGGCGGGCUGGCCAACACGGGAAGGUGGGGAGCUCUCGCAGCCGCUCAUGAUGGAGGAGCUGGACCACAGGCUGUUGGUGCAACCUUGGGCCUGGCUGCAGAUCGCCGAGAAUUCCCUCCUGGCCAAGGCCUGCAUCACCCAGCAGGGCUAUGCCUUGCUGCUCUGGGAUCUUCAGCAGGUGUGGCACGAACAGGUGGAUGCCAGUGUGGUCAGUCAGCGAGCCAAGGAGCUGAACAAGCGUCUGACGGCUCCCGCCGCCGCCUUUCUCAGCCGUUUGGGUGAUCUGCUCCGUCCGUUGCUGCAGGGCCAGGCUGGCCCCAGUGAAGCCACCUUCUCCUGCGACCGCGUGGCCGAGGCGCUGGUGCUGCGGGUACGGAGCGAGCUCUCCGGCCUCCCAUUCUACUGGAAUUUCUGCUGCACCGUCGCGAGCCCUGCCCUGGUGUCCCAGCAUCUGCUCCGUCCCCUGCUGGGCAUGGGCCUGGCCCUGCAGCACCAAGUGCGGGAGCUCGCCACGUUGCUUCAUCGGAAAGACCUGGAACUCCAGGACUACCAGGAGAGCGGGGCCACGCUGAGCCGAGAGCGGUUGAAGACGGAGCCAUUUGAGGAAAACUCCUUCUUGGAACAAUUUAUGGCGGAGAAGCUCCCAGAGGUCUGCAGCAUUGGGGACGGAAGACCCUUCGUGGAGAACCUGCAGGGCCUGUAUGUGGCGGUCGCCCAGCGAGAGGUCCAGGGGAUGCUGAAGCCCGAAGACCCAGGAGCUACUCCUGGCAGCCCCUCCUGGCCAGGAACCGACAGUGAACUUCCGAAGCCCCCCGAAGAGCCAGACUGCACACCCACACUGCCCCCCACCCUCGGGGAGGAGCCCACGGGAACGCAGAGACCUCAGCUGUCAAAGGCCAAGAGGAAGAAACUCCGGGGACUCUUCAGUUAGUGCGUCCCGUCUCGGCGGCCAAGGCCAAGCCAGGGGACAGACCAUCCCCCUGCAUCUCAGGAAGGAGCUUCGAGGUGCCAGCAUGGAGACACAGGCGGGCAGCCGGUCUGCAGUGGUCCCCACGGUGCCUCUCUUUCAGGUGGCGGAGGCCAGUAGUUUUUCCAGACCCAGGGACCCACCCAUGGGCGCUGGACACACCGGCCAGGCCAGCCGAAGGGCAGCGCCAGCCUGGAGCGCGUCUGUGGGGUCCUAAGCCCUUGCCACAGCACC